UAAUUGUCUAAGAUUUACACAGGCGUCUUUACCACUCUACCAGAUCUCGUAACUGUCCCUGUAGGUCAAGGUGACUUCUAUUUCUCCUCAGAAGUUCCCUCUCAGUCGACAGUGUGUUGGCCUCUCUCUCAAGCUCUGAUGUGUUUUUCUAUUGGAAUUACUGGAUCUCUCUGGAUAUCUGAACUAGUGAUAUCAGGUUAGUGGACACCAGGGCUUUUCUGCCUGUCAGAUGUGGAGGCUUCUCCAGCUGCAGACUAACACAGCCUAAUUGAACCGAGUCCAGCUAGUGUUCGUCAUUUAGAUUGACCUGGGUGGCCGAUUCUGAGCAUUUUCACUGUUGUUUUUACUUCACUGAACCUUUAAAUCUAUUGAAUAAGAGAGAAAAACACAAUGUUUGUGCAAUACAAAGAAGUAAGACUUUGUAUUAUCAAUAGUCUGAUUGUGAGCACACUGAUUGCAGUCACACUGACGUGUGUGUUUCCUGUGUUUCCUGUUAAACUGGUUUAUCAGAUCACGAUGACGCUGCAGCUCUGCCUGUUGUGUCCUGUCCUUUAAUUUCUUAUUGUUCUCACCAAAACUAAAUAAGGGAAUGUUGGUGCUUUUAAACAUUUUGUCUUCGAUUGAGGUUUUUGUAAAAAACAGCUGCUUACUGGUAAAUUUACAGCUAGUAAAUGGUCAAUUUAAGAUCAGACCAGGACAUAAUCUGCUGAUGACACACCUUUAACAGGAAAGUGAAAGCAGCCAGUGACCAGACUGAGUAGCAAUAUUUUAUAUCGUCACAAGGUUUGACUGCUCAGCUGAAAAAAAGCAGGAGUUUAAGAAGAGACGAUAAAUUGGUGAGUCUUUCUAAAAAGAACAGUAGAAGAAAUGGCUGAGAAGAUUGCUCUGUUUGAAAGUUUCCUGAGCUGUAAUGUUUGUUCAGAGACGUUCAGAGAUCCUGUGUCUCUGAGCUGCAACCACAGCUUCUGUUCAAGCUGCCUGACACAAUUCUGGGAACAAGCUGGAAACAAGAACUGUCCCAUCUGUAAAAGAAGAUCCUCAUGGGAACAUCUAGCAGUGAACUUUACUUUGAAGGAUCUGGCUGAUUCAUUUGCUGGGAGACAGAAAACUGGAUUAUCUGAAACAGAACAGAAAGAAAAGGAACCAAUAGUGGUUUGUAGUAAACACCAAGAAGAACCCAAACUGUUCUGUAAGGAUGAAGACAGAGCUGUGUGUCCUGUCUGUGAGUUUUCUCUGCACCACAGUCACCAGGUGGUUCCUGUAGAACAAGCAGCCAGUGACCUGAAGGAGCAGCUGAAAUCUGACUUAAAGUCUCUACAGGACAAGAGGAACAAAUACAAACAAGUGGAGCAAAGCUACAAUGAAAUGAUCCAACACUCCAAGAAGCAGCUGUCGUCCACAGAGAAGCAGAUCAGAGCAGAGUUCAAGCAGCUCCACCACUUCCUGGAAGAGGAAGAGGAGUCCAGACUGGCAGCUCUGAGGGAGGAAGAGGAGCAGAAGAGGAAGACUAUGAGCAGAGAGAUGAAGAGGAUUGAGGAGCACAUCUCCUCUCUGUCAGACAGUAUCUGUGCUGUUGAAGAAGAGCUGCACAAAGACCACGUGCCGUUCCUCAGCAGUUAUAAAGCCACUCAGACCAGAGCCAGAGCCCAGAGCUCAGUGUCAGAUCCACAGCUGCUCUCAGGAGCAUUGAUAGAUGUGGCCAAACACCUGGGCAACCUGUCCUUCAGAGUCUGGGACAAGAUGAAGGACAAGGUCCACUUCAGGCCUGUUAUUCUGGACCCAAACACUGCAAGUAGAUGGAUUCAUCUGUCUGAUGAUCUGACCAGUGUGAAAAAUGGAAUUAAAAGUCUGAAACUUCCUGAUAAUCCAGAGAGAUUCACUUACUAUGCUAGUGUUCUGGGCUCUGAGGGCUUCAACUCAGGGAAACACAGCUGGGAGGUGGAGGUGGGAGAUCAUCCUUAUUGGGUUGUGGGUUUGGCUAAAGAGUCAGUUGAGAGGAAGGAAGAACAUCAGCUUUCACCUGAAUAUGGAUUCUGGUGUUUAUGUCACCGUGAUGGUAAAUACACUAAUGGUGAUCGUAAAAAUCUGACAGUGAAGAAGAGUCUCCAGAGGAUCAGAGUCCAGCUGGACUAUUACUGGGGGCAGGUGUCCUUCUAUGACCAUGAAGACAUGACUCACAUCUACACUCACAAAAACACUUUUACUGAGAAACUCUUCCCGUAUUUCUAUAUUGGUGAAGAUGCUAAUGCCAAAACCACUGAAAUUAAAAUUUGUCCAAAUCAGAUUCCUCUGUAAUUAGUUUUUUUAAUUUUUUAAUUUUCAGAAAUGUGAUUUUUAACAUGUUGAACCUUCUUUACUCCUGUUUCAUGAUGAGUCUUUGAUUGCAGACUUUACACUGUUUUUUCUAGGCUUUCAACUGGAUUUUACAUCGCAUUUAUCUUAAAUGUCUUACUGAUAGUUUCUUACUGUCCUUAGUUUACAUUGCUCUGUGUUCAUUUGUUUGUUAUAGACAAAACAAUACAGUGAACAGAUCUAAACUAGUACGAUUGACGUUUGAGUGACAGCUACAUUGGCAUCAAAUAUCAGUUUAGGAUUCUCUGUAAUCUUCUGUGUUUCCAUGAUGAUGGUGGAAAUUGAGACUUUUUAUUUCUAAGUUUUAUUGUCUUUAUUUAUUUUCAUUGUCUAUAACAACAUAUGUGAACACAAUGUGUGUUGUUGAUCAUACAGUCCUCUGUUGCCAUAUUGCAGUUCAUCUAUUUGAUUUUUAAAUAUAAAUAUACUAAUCUUGUAUUAUAGAUUUUUCUUUAUGUAUAUUGUGGGAUUCUUUGGUAUGUAAACAGUUUUAUUUGUGAAUUAAUUACGCAGGUUUGAGUGUAUAGAAGAACAUAGGAAUAUCAAUAAGAUAGUAGGAAUGGAUUAUUUAUGUUCAUAAAGUAUUUACUCUGAUGCAUGUUUUCAUGCACACGCUGAAUAUAAUCAUAGUUGUGUCAGAUUUCUACCUUUGAGCAAAUGAUGUGAGUUUGUUUGUGUAUGUAAAUGUAAGAAUUAUAUAAUAAAGUGUUCACAAUAAAAGCUUCUCUUGUAACAUUGA